AUGUGGCGAGUGGAAAUAAACAAUUUUCUUUACAGUUUUUUGGCAGGAGGAGCUUCAACAGGGUUGAUUCAGCUUUUUUAAACUCCUGUUGAUUUAAUGAACUUAAUCAUUUAUUCUUAAAAUCAAAAUCAGCCUAUUCCAUUUGUUUGUAUUUUUUAAAAUAAAUCUUGUUAGAAAGACUUUUUUGCUAUUUACAAUUACUUCAAGAGGAUGGAAUCAUAACCUAUUUAUGUAAAAAUGGGUUUUAGAAAAUUAUGAGAAGUGCCUUAUUAUCUGGAGUACAUUUUUCAGUUAAAGAUACAUUAAAGAGCUUGUUUUUGUCAGAUCAUGAAGUUACAAAAAACACAAGAAAGUUUCUCUUGAGAUUAAUUUAGGCUAUUUUUUGGUACUCUAAUAAAUGGUGGGAUUUCAGGGAUUAUAGGAUUGCUGACAGUAUAUUUUCUUGAUUUCUAAAUGAUAAUGUAAAUGAAUAAUGCUGGACCAUAAUCUAAUAGAAAUUCAACACGCUCUAAUUAAAUUAAGUAAGUUUUUAUUGGAUUGGGCUUAUCUCUGCCAGGUGUCUUUGUCUACAGAGCUUUUUAUUUUGGGUAUUAUACAUAAUGAUUGCUUAGUUGCUAUGAUGCUGGAAAAUAAAUUUUGUGGGGAAAGGCUGUAAAAUAACGUAAAGCUUCCUUCUUGUUUAAAUUUUUCCUUGCUUACAUAUCUACCUUCAUUGCUAGUUCUUUUUCAUAUCCUUUUGAUACUAUUCGAAGAAGAAUUAUGAUGUAAUAAAAUACAUCUGGACCAAGAAAAAUUGUAUUUUAUAAAUCACAUAGUUUAAGGGUAUUUUUGGGGUGAUCAAAUAAAUUAUAUAAAAAGAAGGUUUAAGUGGAUUUUUUAAGGGAAAUUCCAUAACAAUUGGAAGAUAUGUAAACUAAUCUUUAGCACUUGUGCUUUAUGAUUGCUUUCAAAAAAUAAUCUUAAGAAUUUGA